AUGGCCGUCACUCAGGGCAGUGUUUCAAUCGUACGACAACUGCUCCGGCGCAAAGAUAUCGAGUUCUACAGCCAAGAUCGAAAAGUCCAGCAGCCACUCCUGAUCCUCUUGCAGGAUCCGCGGGCCAAGAUCAACCAGAAGGAUCACCACGGCCGAACCAUCCUACACCUAGCUAUGAUCUACGGAGACCUUCAUGCUAUUACAAGCCUUGCGAGAGAGGAGCUGAUUGAUGUCGAUUGUCCCGAUCAUCUAGGAGAGACGCCCCUUAUGCUGGCUGCGAGGCUCCAUGCCUACGAUCAGCCCAACAACGUCAAGAUUCACAAAUGUCUACUCUCGCGGUCCAAAUUCAGGGUCGAUCGAGAUCAAGGGGUCAAUCUAUUCUUUGGCAUGCCGUGA